AGAUUGUGACGCCACUUUGCUCCCCAGCAGUGUCAGAAUUACCAAGAAAUUCGUUCGUGCUUCGUCUGAGCUGGUUUGUGCUGCUAAUAUGAAUUUGGGACCCACUUCCUACAUAACAUUUCAGUGGAACUUGGAAAAUUUGCGAGAAGCACGUUUCACUUCCGCGGCGUACUGAAACGUGACACUGAUGUUACGGGGAGCCAGGAUUGUACCAUUCGCCUGCAAAUAGCAAUUGCUCCACACUGUGGAUAACUUCGGUUUAAAAUUUUGCGCAGACUUUAAGGUUGCGGGAAUGUGAAUCGGACUCUCUAUGUAGAUGGCUAGUUAGCUAACUACCGUGUGAAACUGGCCGGAGAAAAAACUAAAAAUUAACAUGCGGGGCGCUAUUCGUUGAGCUGAAGUACACUAACCACAACCUGCUAAAACAGCCAUCACAUAAAGUUGCCAAAAUGGCUUCGCUCCCGCUAAUCAGAGCUGCGUUUCUUGUGCUGUUUUCCAUAUCGUUGACGUUGGUGUUGGGCUUUGGGCUACCCUCUGCUUUGAACUUUAUCGCAAGGUGCUUGGGGCUUCCUGAGGCCAGCGUGACCGAAUGCAUAGUGGUGGUGUAUUUGUUCUUCGUGUUUUACGUCGUGCUGCCCCCAAUUCCCAGGGGAUCCGUGAAGACAGAGGGAAAGGCAGUGUUCAUUACAGGCUGCGACACUGGGUUUGGGUUUGCCUUGGCAAAGCACCUCCAUAAACUGGGCUUUACUGUGUUCGCUGGAUGUCUUCUUAAGGAUAAGGGUGGAGAUGGGUCCAGGGAGCUGGAGGAGCUGCACUCAGAGCGGAUGAAGGUGGUCCAGCUGGACGUGUGCAGCGAAGAGCAGGUGACCCGGGCCGUGGAGUUUGUCCGAGCAAACCUGGAGGACCCAGAGAAAGGUCUGUGGGCCUUGGUGAACAAUGCGGGAGUGUCCACCUUCGGGGAGGUGGAGUUCACCAGCAUGGAGACAUACAAGCAAAUGUCAGAGGUCAACCUGUGGGGCACCAUCCGGGUCACCAAAGCCCUGCUGCCCCUCAUACGAAGGGCGAAAGGUCGGGUGGUCAACCUGGCCAGCAUGUACGGGCGGAUGGGCAACGCCCUCCGAUCACCCUACUGCGUCUCCAAGUAUGGCGUGGAGGCCUUCUCCGACUGCCUGCGCUACGAGAUGAAGCCGUGGGGCGUCAAGGUCAUCGUCGUCGAGCCUGGGAACUUCAUCAUGGCCACGGGCAUCCUCACCCGCGACAUCGUGGACGCCACGGCCAGCAAGAUGUGGAGGGAGGCGGACCCCGGGGUGCAGGAGGAUUAUGGGAAGGCCCGCUUCGAGCAGCGAGUGGCUGUGGUGCGCUCCUACUGUGGCAGUGGGCUGAAGGACAUGGCCCCCGUCCUGAACGACAUCACGGAUGCCAUCCGCUCCUGCCACCCGUUCACCCGCUACAACCCCAUGGAGGUGCACUGGUGGAUCCGCAUGCAGGCCAUGACCCACCUGCCGGCCGCCAUCUCCGAUUGGCUGUAUUUCUGAUGGAACGCCUGGUCGGCUGAUGUCGUGGAAAGCCACAGAAACACUUUCUACUGUCCACAAUUAAUGCAGUAAUUGUCAUUUCAUUUUACCUACUGCCUUUGCCUAAAUACUGUCAUGGUCUUCACAAUGGGACACUUAAAUGAACACAGGUUACAGCGGGGAAAAUAAGUAUUGAGUGCAUCAACAUUUCUCUCAGUAAAUGUAUUUCUGAUGGGGCUAUUGACCUGAAAUUUUCACCAGAUGUCGGUAACAACCCAAGUAAUGCACACAUACAAAGAAAUCAAAACGUAUACGUCCAUAAAUUAUGUGUAAUAAAGUGAAAUGACACAGGGAAUAAGUAUUGAACACAUGAAGAAAAGGAUGCGCACAAAGGCAUGGAAAGCCAAGAAACCAGCUGAAAUCUGUCAGUAUUUAGAAAGCAAUCCUGCCCCCCUAAUUAAUAUCAGCUGGUUUAGUUCUAAUUGAUGGCCUAUAAAAAGGUUUCUCAUGACCAGGUGUCACACAAGAAGCAUCUUGUGGUGGAUAAAAGUAAAGAGCUCUCUCAAGACCUUUGCAACGUUAUUGUUGCAAAACAUACUAAUGGCAUUGGUUACAGACGUAUUUCUAAACUUCUGAAUGUUCCAGUGAGCACCGUUGGGGGCCAUUACUGGAAGUGGAAAGAACAUUAUUUCAACAUAAACCGGUGACAACCAGGUGCUCCUCGCAUGAUUUCUGACAGAGGAGUCAAAAGAAUAAUCAGAAGAGUUGUCCAAGAGCCAAGGACCACUUGCGGAGAGCUUCAGAAAAAAACCUGGAAUUAGCAGGUACAGUUGUUUCAUAGAAAACAAUAAGUAAUGGACUCAACCGGCAUGGCCUCUAUGCACGCUCACCGCUCAAGACUCCAUUGCUGAAGAAAAAGCAUGUUGAAGCUCGUUUAAAGUUUCCUGCCCAACAUUUGGACACGCCUAUGAAAUACUGGGAGAAUAUAGUCUGAUCAGAUGAGACCAAAAUUGAACUCUUUGGAUGUCAUAGUACACACCAUGUUUGGAGGAGAAAUGGCACUGCACAUCACCCCAAAAACCAACAGUGAAGUUUGGAGGUGGGAACAUCAUGGUGUGGGGCUGUUUUUCAGCAUAUGGUACUGGCAGACUUCAUAUAAUUGAAGGAAGGAUGAAUGGAGAAAUGUACCGAGACAUUCUUGAUAAGAAUCUGCUGCCAUCUACCAGGAUGCUGAAGAUGAAACGAGGGUGGACAUUUCAGCAAGACAAUGAUCCCAAACACACAGCCAAGGAAACUCUCAAUUGGUUUUAGAGAAAGAAAAUAAAGCUGCUUUAUUUGAAUCCAACUGAAAAUCUAUGGAAAGAACUGAAGAUCAGAGUUCACAGAAGAGGCCCCCGGAACCUUCAAGAUUUGAAGACCGUUUGUGUGGAAGAAUCGGCCAAAAUCACACCUGAGCAAUGCAUGCGACUAGCUUCUCCAUGCAGGAUGCGUCUUGAAGCUGUCAUUACCAACAAAGGCUUUUCUACUAAGUAUUAAAUAAAUUUCAGUAAGCGUGUUCAAUACUUUUUCCCUGUGUCAUUCCACUUUAUUACACACAACUUUAAUUUAUGGACUUAUUUCUUUUGAUUUCUUUGUAUGUGUGGAUUACUUGGGUUGUUACCGACAUCUGGUGAAAAUUUCAGGUCAAUAGCCCCAUUAGAAACAUAUUUACUGAGAAAAAUGUUGAUGCGUUCACUGCUUAUUUUCCCAGCUGUAUAUUGAUUCAGGCACAGGAGCACAUUUGGAUUUUAGUUGCAGAAAAUGAAGGCUAAGUCUUGUUUUUGUCAUAAACAUUUCCUUUAAUGUAUUCAGGAUUUUGUGUAAUCCAUGCCUUUCACAGUCAAUGGUAAACCAUGGCGUGGUUGAUCAGUUCCAGGCUGCCACUGGGCUUCCCGCUGGUGUAGCUGGUUAUUAACGCCGGCAACACUUUGGCUUGGAUUGUUUCUGUUCCCUUUUGAUCAUCAGUGGGGUUCUUCAGAAGGACCAGAGGGUCAGAACAUGAGCAGGCCCAUGUAGCUCAGCUGCAGAUGGAGCCAGAAAAGUCCAGCCUUUCUGAGAGCAAUGAGGGUAGGAGUUUGAGGCCCCCCCCAUCAAUGUGUGUACAGAACAUUAACAUGCUAGCGUUUCACGCGCUGUGAGAAAGUUUAGCUGCAGUUCUUGUUUCCAAAACUGGGCAAACAUGUGUAAAGUCAGGGUUUGUUUUUGAAGCUGAACAUUUUUUGUUUUUUUGUGAUAUAACUUAGGAUGAGACAUCUUUGUCUGUGUAGAAAAACUUUUAGCUUAAAAUCCGAACGUGAAUAUUGUAUGACGUGCAGGA